CUUGUGAAUGAACACUUUCAAAACAAAACAUGGCGAUUGGGCUCAGAUGAGAAGGAAUUGAUAAUUAUUAAUUAAUUGACUACAUUUUCUCAUUACCUAUUAUUUUGAAUUGUAAUCGAGCGGAUAUGUCCCGUAAAAAUUACACGCAGAAUGUUGAAGUUUGUGGGGAUUGUGGAUCAUCAGAAGCGACAUGGGCUUCUUUAAAUAAAGGCAUUUUGCUAUGUACACAGUGCUGUAGUGUGCACAGAAGUCUUGGAAGACACAUUUCUCAAGUGAAGUCAUUGCAAAAGAGCCAAUGGCCAGGCAAACAAAUGAACAUGCUAAUGACACUGGUCAACAAUGGGGUGAACAGUAUUUGGGAACACAUUCUUUUAGAAAAUGGUUCCAAAAUGAUGAAGAAAAAACCGAAUCCUAGAGAUAGUUUAGAGGUGAAGUCUGAAUUCAUUAAGUCCAAACAUCAGAUGUGUUCAUUCGCUCUAAGACAGACAUUCGAUGAUGGCCCUAUUUGCGUGGAAAAUGAACUUGGAAAACAGUUACAUGCCAGUGUCAGAACUCCCAAUCUAGAGACUUCCUUCAAACUAUUGGCUACUGGUGCUGAUCCAAAUUAUUUUCAUGAUGAAAAAGGAACAACCGCUCUGCAUGUUGCUGUUAAAGGUGAACAGUAUUUGCAAAUUGAACUCUUACUGGUGUAUGGAGCAGAUCCAACUUGUCUCGAUGCACAUGGAAAGACGCCUAUAGAUUAUGCAAAAAGCAACGCAAAUAAGGAGGUUUACAACAGACUGCUUGAAAGUCAAUUUGAGGUAACAGAUAGUUUUAGCUUCUAUCUUACUGUUAGAAAACCGGACCAUCAAGGGGGUGUUCAUAUUUUGAUACCACAAAAUGGAUUUUAUUCCAAUUCUGCUUCUUUGGAAAAAUUACAAAAGCUACCGAAUCACCUUUUUGAAGAAUUAGUUAUUGAUGUCUUUGAUGAAGUUGAUAGACGUCAAACAGAAGCAAUUUGGCUGAGUUGCGUCGAUGCCAUAGAACUCAACACUGUCCCAUUUUUACCAGUAGAUCCAACAUUAUCAACUACAAGGAAUCAGGGUAGGCAAAAGUUGGCGCGUUUCUCAACACCAGAGUUGAAGAACUUAGUUUACGAUAUACUAGUUGAUAGCCAAAGACGACAAAGUAUAUCAGAUAAAACUCAUUCGUGUUUUGAAGAGGACCCGGUAUACGACACCGUGGCAUCCGAUGAAGAAUACGAUACUAUCCCUUCGCCAAAAGCUGUUAAAGUUUUCAGCACAUCGACGGAGGAUCAAGAUAAUGCCAAGAGCACUGAGAUUUUGGAGCUCACUAAACAAUUGAAAUUAUCUGAUGACAAAAUAUCAGAUCUUAAAGCUGAGGUGAACAAAUUAAAAGCAUGUGUGGAAAAUUUGACAACAGAAAAUACGGAUUUGAGGUAUAAACUUUCUAAAAUCCCUGAGAAUUCGAGAUUGAACGGAGAAACUGCUUUUAAUUCGUUAGAUACAAUUUUGAUGAACCAGGAAGAAAUCAACGACGUCCCUCCCCUAAAUGGAAAAUCUGUAGACGAUAACUACGUCUUCGAAAGAAAGAGCCAAAGACCUUCCAGUAUGUACGAGACUAGAGAUGUAACGAAAGGUGCAAAAGCAAAUCGUCAAGCUUUCAAGCAUCAGCUGAAAGAAUUCGAUCAACCAAGAGCAGGAGUACAGAAUUAUUAUUCUGAAAGACAUUCCAGACAACCAAUCGAAUUGCUAACGUCAAACAUCACAAAAAGUGUUCAACAGUUGUGGCAAUGCUUGAACAAUUCCAGCAUUGACGAAUGCAUUCCAAAAGCUGAGAAGGUUAAAAUAGCCACUGCCAAACUAAUCGCUAAUCUGCCUAGGGAAAUGUUUGCCGACAUAACCAGAGUUAUGUUAGAUGUGCUGCCUCGCUUGCAGCCCGAGUGUAAAGAAUAUGUAGAUGCUUUCAGAGAGGGCGAUGUGAAACUGUCGGAACAUCAUUUAUCCCAAAUUCGCGAAUAUGCAUAUGUUCUUGUUCGUAACACAAGGGAAAUAUUGGCGAAGAGCUCUUUGUAACCACCAAAAUACCAAAUUCGAUUAUUUUAUGUUCAUUAUUACGUAAUAUUAUGAUUUUAUACUAAGUGCAAUUGACUUGGACGUUCUGUUCAUAAGAACAUGUACAUUCGAGUAUUUUUAUCACAAUCGUUAUACAAUUCAUGAAUUUUGAUCUGAUCAAGUAUUUUAAUAGGAAUGUUCUGAUCCAAGAAAAUAUGUGGAAGGAAAUCCUGAAAAUUGCAACGAAAAUUAAUGGAGGCAGACUUCAGAAUGAACUUUUCAUAAUUUAGAGGUUAACACAUAGACUAUAGAAUUAUUCUAUGUUCUAAGAGUUAACACAUAACAUAACCUAAGUAUCUAAAUGACAAUCAUCACUAACUAUCUAAGCUCGAAGUAGACUGAAAAAUCUGAAGAUUGCGCAUAUUUUCUCAACUCGCUAAGUUUGCAAAUUCAAUUUAUCACUCAUAUCGAUGAGAUUAUCAGUGUUUCGAGGAAAUAUGAAGAUUUCUCAUAUCUUCAAAACAGGAUGUUGUAGAAUCUUUUAACACAAGCUGAUUACUAAAGACAAAGUUGAAACUAUAUUGUUAUGAAUUAUUUUUGUUACUUUUAUCAAAAUAUAGCCGAUUAAGAAUUGAAUAUAAUUUUCUGAAAUAUAUAUUUGAAAAUAAAAUACGUGUAUCCAUA